GCACAGAUUGCCAUCGUCAAAACAACGGCUAAAAUUUGCUACACGCAAAUUCACCUAGGCUCUAAAUAAAGAACAAAAAGACCCCCAAAGUCGCUACAUAGAAAAACUAUUACCAACCAGCACCAAGCAUUCAUUGUGGAAGGCCCAUCGAAACCUAAGUGCUCCAAUAGAAACAGUCAUGCCAUGCCGUUAAGGAGUCCAAAUGGUAUUUGGUCCCGUAGUGACGUCACGUUUUGCAGACCAUUUAAAAAAUUUGCACCAGCCUAAUCCUGUCACUAAUCCAUUUUUGCUCCCAUCUUCAUUAAUGGGAGCCCAUAGAGCCCAUAGAAUUUUGGCCAAUUGAUAUGCUAAAUGUCAUAUUAGUCCACUCCAUUAGCUAAUACUGUUACUCCGUGCUGAAACCUGAAACCUUUAGAAGCAACCAGAAAAUUUCUAUUUCGUCACAAAAAAAAAUUUUUGUUGCAUAGUGUUAUUAUUAGUCUUUAAUUAAAAGUGAUAAAUUAAAAGAUAAUAAUAAAUGAACAAUUAAUUAUAAUUAAUUGAAUUAUAAUUAUGAAAAGUAUAGUAUGCUUGAUUCUGUAUACAAAAAAAUCCAGACUUUGUUACAUAGUGCUUUCAUGGUAAAACUGUACCUAUUAUUUAUAAUUUUUCCCACCUGCAUUUAUCCUGUCAAUCUAUUGGCUGUGAAAGCCAUAUAAAAGCACUGGAUCUUUACCAGUUGCUAAGAAUAAAAAAUGAGGGCCUCCAUCGCUUUGAUUUUAUUAAUCGCUGCACGUGGAGCAGCGGCGCAUAUGGACAUAUCGGUUUUAACCAAGUUUAUUGUGAACUUGGUUGGGACUAAUGAAGCAAUUAUUUUUUCCUGUUCAGACAAAGAUUUGCAGCUCGUUGCUUCUGCGUUUAUGAAAAAUGACCAGUUUGUGAAUUAUGUACAUAUGAAACAAAUGUACUCUCUGCCCUUUAUACUGGGACGAAAUAGCCAUGGUCGAACUUCUGUUAUAGUAAAUACCAGAUGUAAUGGUGCAGCUGGUCUACUGGCUGAUGCUUCUGCAAAUAAAUACUUUAACAAAACCUAUCAGUGGGUUUUUUGGGGUGUUGGCGUAGAAGUAAAAUAUUUACUUCCACUGGAACUGGAUUAUAUUGGCCCAAACGCUCAGAUAACCUACGUUAAUAAAACAAGUAACGACUACUGUCUCUGGGAUAUUCAUUCAAAGGGACGUCACCUUCAAUCGCCUUUACAAUUACAACUAAUAGCAACAGUAACUAAUUAUGAAGGCAGUAGUUACCUAAACAUAGCUCGAGACAUAUUUAAGCUACAAAGCACUGAAUACCGUGGGCAAUUUAAUGGGAUUACACUACGAGGAGCAAGCGUAAUUGACCAAGAGGAUAUAACUACAAAUGAACAAAUCGAGGCUAUACUUUCGAGGUCUACAAAAGAUUCCGGAGUUGCAGCCUUUAUAAAAUAUCACUAUGAACUUGUAGGACUUUUACGGGAUCGUUUUAAUUUUUCUGUUAAUUUCCGUAACUCAAGAGGAUGGGCUGGUCGACUAGGUAACACCACAUUUCGUCUUGGACUUUUAGGAGUUGUUAAACGAGACGAGGCAGACAUUGCAGCAUCAGGAGCGUUCAAUCGACUUAACCGUUUUGCGGAGUUUGAUACAAUACAUCAGAGCUGGAAAUUUGAGGCUGCAUUUAUUUAUAGGUUUACUCCAGAUUUAGAUACUCAUGGAAAAAGUGGUAAUUUCUUGGCUCCGUUUAGCAAAGCGGUUUGGUUUUUAAUUCUUGUUUCGCUAAUAGUGUUUAGCGUAAUUUGGGUGCUUUUUGAAAUUAUUAACAGCAAAUUGAGUCCUACAAAUGAUCCAAAUGACCAAAUCAAUAACAUACCUGAUACUGAAUCACAGAAAUGUUACGCGUUAACAAUUCAAAGUAGUUGGGUUGAAAGUUUCUUGCAAUCCUUUGCAGCUUUAUGCCAACAGGGUUUGGAUCCGAUUCCAAAAGAUCACUCAUCGCGUUUUGUCGUAAUAACCAUAUUUUUAUUUUCACUUGUAAUAUAUAACUACUAUACUUCUUCUGUGGUUGGUGGAUUGUUAAGCUCUUCUGAUAAAGGUCCAGCUACUGUUGAUGAAAUAACAUCUAGUCCACUUACAAUAUCUUUUGAAGAUAUUGGUUACUAUAAAGUACUAUUUCGAGAAAGUAAAAGCCCAGCCGUAGCCAGACUAAUAAAAACCAAAUUGUCCUCAUCGAGACCUUUGGGUAAAAUACCAGUUUUUGCACAUAUCGAAGAAGCUGUACCAUAUAUCAAAUCCGGCGGUUUUGCAUUUCACUGUGAAGUAGUUGCCGCCUAUCCUUUGAUUGCCGAAUUAUUUGAUGCCAGUGAAAUUUGUGAUCUGCGCGAGGUAUCCGGCCUAAUGGAAGUAGAAUUGCUGAAUUGGAUUUUGCCAAAAAACAGCCAAUAUACAGAACUGUUUAAAGUUGCCAUGUGUUCGGCAAGGGAAAGAGGUUUCGUGGAACGACUCCUUCGGCAACGUCAAAUUAGAAAGCCUACCUGUCAAUCAUUAUACACCGUAUAUCCAGUCACCUUAUCAGGAGCUUUAGCGGCUUUCUUUGUGCUGAUUUGUAAGUCACAUUUAAAUAAAGCUGUAAGUGAGCUUUUCUUAGACUUCUUUCUUGUAGGUGGAAUUAUUAUGUCUAUCCUAAUGUUGAGCAUCGAAAUAAUUUAUGUAUAUGUUGUUUUCAAAAGAGGUCAACAAUUUUCUAUUGUCCGCUAGUUAUGUUGAGAUCAAUGAAUCAGAUCAAACAAUAUUAAUGGUAUUAAGG